UCCUAGAUAGGGCGUCUACAAGAAAGGGAACACACACAUUCUUCGCUACGUCUUCAAGAUGUCUACAUUAUACUAGUCCUUUUAACCAUUGUAAGUAAUCUAUGUCGUUUUGUUAUAUUAUGUAAAUAUGUAUUGCCAAUAAAAAGAUAAAAUAUAUAGUUUAUUGUUUGUUUUAAAUGUGUUAUUGUAUUGUGUACUGCUGCACGUAGUACACAAAACAAGCCAAGUAUACAUAUCUGAAACAGUAUGAUUUUUAGCCACACAUGAUUUUAUGAUAAAUCGAAAUCAUUCUGAUUUUAUCUUUCUAAAUUAUCUGGUCCUUUGUAUCGAGGGCGGUCACGUAAGUUUAGAAGAACCUUCGCGGUUUCAAUGAACCGUCUUUCCAAAGUUUCAAUACAUUUCCUUAAUCCAGAUUAAAGCUUUUCAAAGGUAACGAGACAUACAUUUUGGUCGUGGCGUACGUGUGACAUACGUAUGGCAUCAGUUGAACAUUUAUUUCUGAAAACAUGUCCAAUGGACUCCCUUCUCCACCCAUCACCUGGCCACAGUGUUUCUCAAGCUUAUUCCGGCCACCGCCCUCAUGGCACGAACUCACCCCUCCACACACACAGAUCGCCUUCACCCCCCCCCCCUUCCGUCUUUCUGUUAUAAGCAAUCUGGGAAUAGACGUUUUGUUGACCCUCUACGUCAGAUCAAAGAACUCAUACAGAGGCGUAGCGAGGGGAGGGCAGGGGGGACAGAUGUCACUGGGCGCCAGCUAUUUAGGGGCGCCAAAAUGUGCUUUGAUAUUAUUUUAUUGAUGAAAAUAGCGGGUUUGAGAGUUGAAAAAAAGAAAAAGGGGCGCUUUAAAAUGGAUCUUGUCCCCGGGCGCGAAUCUUGUCCCCGGGCACCAAACACCCUCGCUACGCCGCUGAACUCAUGCAUACUCAUUUUUCUAUGCUAAUUUUUUUAUUUUUUUUUGGUUGCUUUGAGCAAAGCCGAAUGGCUACAUUAAACCCCAGUGGAGUACUUGGCGUUCGCAACGCCCCGGGUGGUAGCCUGAUUGAUUUUGCCGCCCCUAAUUUACGACAACCACAAUGCAUACAGAAGACACAUAAAAAGAAGCCAUUUCAAGUAUAUUAAGUAGAUCCGACAAUGCCGCCCCAAAAAUAAGAGCCCACCCCCCUUUUCCCUCGCCAGUACUAAACACCAUCUUCCACCAAAUAAAAUAGUGAGCCUGCAACAAGGAUCACCUGAACGAUCUUCCACGUACAAGGGUAUGAUUAAAAGCUCAAACAAAUCGUUAUAAUCUCUUAGACCAGUGGCUCUCAACCUUCCUAAUACCGCGACCCUUUAAUACAGUUUCUCAUAUUGUGGUCACCCCCAACCAUUAGAUUAUUUUCGUUGCUACUUCAUAACUGCAGAGUAUAUCUUUUUUUCCGAUGGUCCUAGGCGACCCAAGUGAAUGCGUCGUUCGACUCCCCUGGUUGAGAACCGCUGCCUUAGACCAUCUAAUCUGGGAAGUCGUAUUUGUUGUAACAAAUACGCAUCUUGCAUCUCCAAAUUUUCUUCUGGUUGAGGCGGUCUACGGAAUUAGAUUACUCGAGAUGGUCCUUUUAAGCUAAAUAGUGUAAAUUUUGAAUCCAAAUUAAGUAGACAGAUUUAGUUUAAAAGGAUUGAACUCAUUCACCAGCAACUGAAAUUUACUAUUUAAUGAAUUCGGAAAUUUGUUUCCCCCCUGAAAUAUAAGCCAUGUCUUGCGCGAGUCUGCACACAGAGAGCCGCCUUGGUGCCAGAGGGCAUCAGCAUGAAGCAAGAAACUAUGCAUUCUUCUCAAGUGCCCCGUUUGGGAGUCCUAGCACCCACUAAAGUUUCCAAAGUUGUUCGGCCCCCCUGGGCUAACGUAACGACCCCAAAGGGGGUACCGCCCACUUCGAGAACCACUAGGUAAGAAGAAUAUGCCAUACCCAUACUUCAAAUUUAAUACAACGGCUGAUAAUUUAAAUUUUGGAAGUCAUUAUGUACCAUGUAGCUUGAUUUAUAUUCUCUCGGACUUGUACUUUCACAUUAACAGAACUUUUGAGUUUCUUAGAAAAAACCAGGAAAAUUAGAUGACUGAUCAACAUUUACAAUGAAGGGGGGGGGGGGGGGGGGCAGCAUUUUGUGUUCUUUCCUAAAGUGAGAAAUGCCCUUAGGCCGGCACUGUGUCAAUGGACUAUGUUUACAAGGAGACUCCAGAAAGAGUAUAGCGUCUUCUAAACAUUAGGUCCAUUUUAACAUUGUGUUAACUGUUUAUUUUAAAAAAAAUGACUUGCCACAACAUACACGCAUGCACAUACACAUAGGACAUGACAUGCAGUUGCAGUGUAAUGUAUUUUCAUGACCUAAUUUGUCGUUGAAUGUCAAAUUUAGUUUUGUCCCGAGACAAAGUGAAAAAAUAAACAUGGCAACUGAUAACGUGAGGAGGAUAUACAAGCCCCCUAGACGCCAACCUGGCGCUCUUCAGACGUUACCAACUUACCCGUGGAUGUUUAACUGGCCAAUGAAUGCGUAUGAGCGUGCACGACUGACUCAUGGAGCACCGUGUUCAACCGCAGCUACAGACCAAGCAUACAAAAAGGUACCAAUUGUCAAUAUGUGUGACAUUAUGAUGUGUUUUUUUCUCCUUUUUUUAAAGAGAAAGCGCUUAUAGGAUGUUAAUAAUUUUUUAAACAAUACUUUGCAAGACACAUUCAUAAAAAUACAAUAGAGCAAGGAGGAAUUUUUAAAAUUCCGUGUAAUGUUUCUAAUGGGCCACUUACUUGUCGACUGGCAAUUCUUAUCUCAUGAUUGCUACGGCUUGUUUAGAAAGUGAGCAUUGAAUCUGAACCAUUGUUAGUAUAGCUGUUCAGGCUCUUGUAAACACUUUCGACGUAUAUUUAUAGAGAUGUGACCGACAUUUUCAAGUAUCUUGUUUAUGUACCCAUUUUUAAGGCUAUUCUUAGCAGUAAAAUACUUAAUGUCACCGGUUGUUACGGGCUGUCUUCAAACAUAUAACGAAGUUAAACCUAAUGUUUCUAUUCUAAAAGAACUGGCAGUUCCGCGACCACACAGCGGAUUACAGAACUCACCCUGAGUUUGUGGACCUCCGAGGUGGACCGUCAAAUUUGAAAAACGCCACAGAAUAUAAUCCAAAAGCGACACCUUUUCCUGAAGCAUUUGGAAUUCUCGAAAAACCCAAGAAUUUAUUCGGUACGUUGUAGGACAUUUUACAAAAUUGCGGAAACUGGUCUAGAGAAAGGGAAGGGAAAGGGAAGGAAGCUUAAGAUUAUAAUCGAGUUUUAUGAGUUUUCUCCUAAAUGGUAAAAAUUUUAUAGAGAUAUCUAGAUAUGCUCCAAACAGUUUUUUCGUGUCUUUUUUUUUUUUGUUGCCUCAUACACUUAUGCACGGAUCAUACUAUAGGGAGUGUGUAUCACUUAUGCACUGAUCAUACUAUAGGGAUGUUUGUAUCACUUAUACACUGAUCCUACUAUAGCGAUGUGCUUUGUAAAACUGUGCUGUUUAAGUUAAGUGCACCCCUUUGAAUCGAACACAAGAGGUGAGAUAUAGAGAGGAAGGAUAUAGACUCGAGAAUGUUGGAUAUAUUGUCAUGUAGAAGAACCGUAGACUCUGAGAGGAGGGAUAAAUUGUCAGGCAGGAGGGAUAUAGUAUCAGAGUGGAGGUUACAUUGUCAGGUAGAGGGGCUAUAGACUCGAUGAGGAGGGAUUUAGUGUCGGAAAUGAGGUAUUUAAUUUGGGGACGAGGUAUAUAGUGUCGGUGGAGGAGCGAUUUAUUGUCGAAGGAUAUAAUGUCGGGGAGGAGCAAUAUAGUGUCUAGGAAGAGGGAUAUAUAUAUCAUUUAAUAUCUUUCAUCCUGGAUUAUCUUUCAGAUCAUUCGUCUCUUUUAUUUUAACCAAUGAUCUCAAGCCACUUUUUCUUUACAGCGAAAUGAAAUAUUUUACUUUUUAAAUGAAAAUUCAUUUUUCUACUUAAGCCUAGGAUGUUUUUUGUUUUUUUGGUUACACAUUUUAUAACAAGCCGAAAUAUUCUUUUUGCUUUACUACGUCGUUCUUUUCCAAGUGUUGACAACACAGCAUUUGUACGCCUCCGUUUCCUGUUUACCACCUCUCUCUUUCUCUCUCUCUCCCUCUCUCUCUCUUCUCCCACAGAGGAAUGUGACUACUUUGUUCAGCUGCAGAGAGACAACAAAGUAUGGGACGACUGGAUGAAGAGAUUCGGAAAACAAUAUCAUUACUACAAUGUGGAGUAGUUUAUCGUCCGCCCACCAUCACAAGUUAUUAUACUUAUUCACAGUGUAUUUUGUGGAAUGGUAACAAUGAGAUCACUACGUAGACUAGUCUUAUGAAAUGACAAUUUAUUGUUUGUUUUAUUUAUAAAGGUAUAUAAAGGAGUUUACCUAAUACAGAACAGUAUAGACGCAAACUAAUAAUUAAUUUAAUUUACAAUGUUAUCGACAAAAGGAACCACCGAGGCCUUCUUUUAUACAUUAUUCAGCAUGGACAAAACGAUUUUGCAAAAAAUAUUUGAAAUCUUAUCAUUUCAGCUGUUGGGCUAUCAGAAGACUCAAGGUCCAUAGUUUUAAAAAUGUAAUGCAAAUACAUUAGUCCACUUUUACAUGUUAUUAUAAUUUACUUAAUUGGAAAUAACAGAGUUAACAAUUACGUGUCUACAAUUCGCGUCUAAAGUGUAGAGUUGUGUUGUUAUAGAGGCAGCUCCAGAACUUGAUCAGAAAAAGGAGCAGAUCAGCAUAAGUUUGUUCCGUUCAACACACCCAACAUCAGCAUCAUUUUUCAAUAGUUAGUGCACUCACUGGAUCUGUUUCAUUGUGCAUAUGUGGUGUAUGAAAGUAGAUAUUUGCUUUUAUUAUUGGCGUCUGUGGACAACCACAAGGCAAGCGUAUGUAGACAAGUACAAGGCUGGCGUAUGUAGACAACUUCAGGGCUUGUUGACGGCAAGCGUGUUAUCACAUGCCAUUGACGUUGACACAAUGGGUUAAGCCAUGGCAGCUCAACAUUUCAGCAGUCUGAGUAGUUUUAAAAAAAUAUGUUUUUUUGAUUUCUAGAAUACAUCCACCUAUCAAUUGAACCCGUUGACAAACUGCCAAUUUGAACCAACAUUUUCAAAUUUCGCAAUUAUUAUUCAAGAGGGUAGCAGGCCUAAUAUAAAGAACAGCAUACUUAGGCUUAUAAAACUUCUUUAGUAAUAACAAAAUUCUCUGUAUCAGAAUUCCUAAGAAAAAUGAUAAUUUUGCCAGAAACAUCAUACAGUAAGAGAGGAAAUUGUGACAAACAUCCCCCCUCCCUCUAAAAAAAGACCUUCAUCUUCUGGAUAAAGUUGUUUGUUUGAUACACGUAUCGAUAACUUAGACGUGAUCAAUCGGAGAGAGAUAACAGUUACAACUAUUCUCGGGUGUGCUAUGAAGACACUAGUGUGUGCAUGACGUGAGUUCUGUCAUCUCCUUAUGCAUAUACAUUGAAUUUAAAAACACUUUCUUUUAGAACCCUAGCAAAUUUAAAAGUUCUCCUCAACGUUAAUUUGUAGCACACAUCACAUCAUGACAUCUUAUGUGUAUUUAAUCAUCAAAAGUUUGUGUAAUGUGAUACAUUUGGAAAUGUUUCAGUAAAUAUAAAACACAUG